AUGGGUUUUCCUGAAGCCACUUCCAUGAUGUUGGUUUUCUUCCUUAGUCUCCUCAUGUUAAGCUCCAAUGCCAUCCAACACCCAAGAAGCCACUCACAUAAUGCUAUCAAACAAUUCAUGACUCUACAAAACCGAGCACGAGCUGCAAUCCGCAUGCCACCAUUGGCAUGGGAUCCACAGCUCGCUCAUUAUGCAAGUAUGUAUGCUAGACAGAGACGACAAGAUUGUUUGUUGAAGCAUUCUAACGGGCCUUAUGGAGAGAAUAUAUUUUGGGGGAGUGGUAGCCGAUGGAACCCUUCUCAAGCUGCCGCCACAUGGGUGUCCGAGGGGCGGUGGUACAACCACCAAUUGAAUUCGUGUGAUGAAGGGAAGGAAUGUGGGCAUUAUACACAAAUUGUUUGGAAGAGAAGUAGGCGGAUCGGAUGCGCUAGAGUGACUUGUUUUGGAGGUAGGGGUGUGUUCAUGAUCUGCAAUUAUGAUCCUCCUGGAAAUUAUGUUGGUGAAAAACCUUACUAA